AUGGCGAAAGUCCAAACUGUUGUCUUCCUGUCACUCGUUCUUGACCUCUUUGCUUUCACUAUCCCUCUUCCUCUGUUCCCGCGACUGAUAGAGUGGUACGCUCUGCGGGAGAGUUCCGUUCCUAAUGGCUUCCUAUCCCGGACUCUCAACUUCGUGACCUCAAUCAGGUCCUUAUUCUACCAAUCCGGCGCGCAUUCUCAAAAAUGGGACGUCGUACUCCUGGGAGGGCUUAUGGGUUCCGUAUUCUCAACACUUCAAUUCACAGUCUCUCCUAAAAUUGGAACGCUCUCCGACAAGUAUGGCCGCAAGCGCAUCCUCCUUCUGACGAUGGUCGGAAACAUACUGUCAGCACUCAUCUGGAUCCAGUCCACAACAUUCGCGUCGUACAUGCUUUCACGGGUCGUGGGUGGAUUGAGUGAAGGAAAUGUGCAACUGGCAAUUGCUAUCCUUUCAGACGUGACGUCACCAGCUACGCGCUCAAAGGCCCUGGCCUAUGUCGGCAUCGCGUUCGCGAUUUGCUUUUGCAUUGGCCCACCUAUCGGCGCCUAUUUCGCGUCUCGCCCUCUUCCACAGUCCGUAAACAGCUGGGGUCCCGAACUUAACGUUUAUGCUACGCCCGCCAUCCUGACCUUGGUCCUCCUCCUCGCCGAGACAGCCUUCCUGGUUGUUGCUCUCCCUGAAACGAGAGGCAAAGGUGCGAACUUUGUUAAGCAAGAAGAUUUCAAGUUGAAGGAGAGGAAGAACGCACAUACAAAUGGCAAUGGCACCCACGUAAAUGGCAAUGGAAAGCACACCACGACGACGAGUAAUGGACCCCCGAAACCCAAACGCACCGUCGAGAGCCGUGUAUCUCUCCUCAAAACGCUCCGAAAACUUCACUUCCUCUUCCUAGCCCUAUUCUCUGGUGUUGAGUUCACGCUUACCUUCCUCACUUUCGACCUGCUGGACUGGUCAAACACGCAAAAUGGCAAACUCAUAGGGUCUAUUGGUAUCGUCAGCGCCCUCCUGCAAGGCGGAUACGUCCGUCGGUCUAUGUCACGCGUCGGCGAGGGAAAGAUGGCCAAACGUGGCGUAUCAAGCUGCGCCGUAGGACUCGCCCUCCUCUCGAUCUUCCCCUCCUUCGUCCCAACGUCACCAACGUUCGCACUGCGCCUCCUCCAAGCCGCCGCAGUAUGCAUGGCUUUCACUUCCGCGACCGUCGUCAACUCCCUGACUGCUUUUGCUUCUCUGCAAUGCGAUGAGGGACACGUCGACGAAUCGACGGGACAGGUAGUCGAGGACCAUCCGCAGCUCGCGAAGGGCAAGGCCCUAGGCGAGUUCAGGUCGUCCGGGCAGCUGGGACGGGCUAUUGGGCCGUUGCUGGGUGAGUAA